UGCAUCCCCAUCCCCCACACAGUGGCCGUCUCUUCGGGUGAAAGCUGUCUUCCCAGCGCCACUGGCCCAACAAAACGCUGCUGUAGCAGAGCCAGUCCACACCGACCCACGGCAGCCGGAUAGACGGAGAACCGACCGCAGCACGUACACAUCAGGAGAAUCUGUUUCCUUCGACAGAGUAGCUUUGAUUUGCAUAUCCACUUCCACUCCUUCCUCAUUUGCAUACAGCAAGAAUGGCGAGCGGGCAUCCCACAGACAAAUUCAGUUUCAUGUAUCAACCAGACACGCACAAGAGUAAGAACAGGUUAUCUUCAGCGAUGAAUCCAGUCUACAGCCCUGUUCAGCCCGGCACCCCAUAUGGAAACCCCAAGAACAUGGCCUUUACAGGCUAUCCCGGAGGGUAUCCUGCCACUGCUCCUACCUACACACCCAACCUCUAUCAAACAGGCAGUCCUGGGUAUCCACCAGGAUAUACUUCAGCAGGAACCCCAUACAAAGUGCCGCCCACUCAGUCAAAUGGAGCACCCCCUCCUUACACCCCCACUCCCACUCCAUAUCCAACAGCUAUGUACCCCAUCCGCAGUGCCUACCCUCAGCAGAACUUAUACGCACAGGGAGCGUACUAUACCCAACCAGUGUAUGCGGCUCAGCCACAUGUGAUCCAUCACACCACCGUGGUGCAGCCCAACAGCAUCCCCUCCACAGCCCUCUACCCUGCUCCUGUCCCUGUACCUGCCCCUCGCAACAACGGCAUGGCUGCUAUGGGGAUGGUAGCCGGGACAACCAUGGCCAUGAGCGCAGGGACCCUGCUGACAACACCCCAGCACCCCCCAAUUGGAGCACACCCAGUUACUGUGCCAACCUACAGGCCCCAAGGGACACCUGGGUACAGCUACGUACCACCUCACUGGUAGAGCCCAUCCAUCAUAUCUGGAGUCCAUCAUCGUAUGCAACUGCUCAAAUCUUACACGGGCUCUCAAUGGUAACCAUGGGAACUCGGCACCUGUCUGCAAGAACAAAACUAAAGUGCAACAGCCACUUUACUAUUAUUAUUAUUGUUAUUAUGCGACAUUCUCUAACAUUUUUACAAAAGCUGCUUUUACUUUUUUUUUUUCCUCUGUUCAUUUGCCAACCAGUCAUUACCUUAUUUUGUAUGGGUAUUUUAUUUUAUUUUCUCACUUUCUUUUGCUGUCUGUCAUUGGAACUCCAGAAGGACUCUUGACCAUCACAGGUGUCGGUUGCUCCUGUUUCUGUGUUGUGCUGGUGUGUGUGGUCCUGCCUGCUGCUCAGUUGGCUGGAAAAUAUCGGGCACUUACUCCUCAUUAUCAUCUCCAUCAUUAGUCACUACAAAGACUUAUUGACUUAUGCUGCCAAAUUUUUCUAACGACUAGAUAUCAGCACAGGGUUUUAACAUAAUAAGGAUAUUUGUUUGUUUAUUUUUCCGAUUAUUCAGUUUUUAGUAUUCCUCAGUUUGCCACACUCAGCAGAAUGACCUGUCUUUCUGUCAACUUUUCCUUUAAUUUGUUCUGACUUCCUUUUCUUCUAUCGUUUUCUUUUUGACUGGUUUCAUCUACAGCAUUUGUAUAAUCUGGGUCGUCUUCCAGCUCGUAGCUGUCUGUCCGGCAGUAGUCAGUUCGUCAUCCCUGUCUUUUAUCCGAGUGCUAAGUCACUAUGACCACAGCACUUACACAUUGUUACCCAUCAUGCUGCCUGUCCCACUGUGUCCAUAUUAGCAUAGUACCUAGCAUACACUAAAAGAAACCAUCUACUUCAUGCACCAUACUAUGCAGGCUAGUAUGUUGUGACGCUAUCAAAAUCCAAAUCUAGCUAGAGAACAUUUCGGGUUCGUUCGGGUCAUGUCAGCUCGUAUGUGGUUAGCGUAGGUCAAUGCAUUAGAAAAUGUAAAAAAUAUUUAUAAUAACCGUGUCAGCAGCUUGGGUGGUCGUGCACACUUUCUCACACUUGCACACAAAGUAUGCACACACAGGGGCUCCUGUGGUGCGCUGGAAACACAGCAUCGCUUAGUGGCACUUACUGUACAGUACCUCCAGUUAUGUCGUUACUGAACAACACUCGCAUACAGGCACACAUGAGCAAACACACACACACAUACACACAGUACAUGGAGUUUCGGGGGUGUGCAUGGCAGACACAGAAAGCAGAGAAGGAAUUUAAAGGGAAUGUGUUGGCACGAGGAGAGGAGAGGAAAGCAGGACGAGACGGGGAGAGCAGACAGUGCUUAGCACCAUGAGGAGCUGUAAAGGAGGAAGAGCAGGAGGGGACUACAUUAUCACAGUCUGUCAUUUCUUUUCAAGGUGCAACACAUUUGAGUUUGUCACCUGCAAGAGACUGCACAAACACGUUGCUGUUUGCACUAUAUGUAUUGUACCCUGAUUUCCUACUGUGAGUAUAUCGUCUCCUCCUCGUUCCUUCUCCCAGACUAGGACAAAUAACCAAACACUCAAACAGGAAGUCAGCCUCUGAGUGUACACAUAAUAAUGCAGAUUUAUAGGAUUUGUCCAUUCCUAUGCAGCAUUGGGACUGUGAUGGAGGUUUGUUACUCAUAGAGGUUAAAUCAAAGUGGAAGUUAAACUUUUGCCAAACAUUACUAUGAGAUCCAAGUGGUGAUGAUGCAGUCUCACUCACUUUUAACUAAUUUAAUGUUCAAGGGGGAAACAAAAAGUCGCUUUUAGAGUCAGUUGUGCAUAUCAGUUUAUUGGCUACACAGCACUCUCUAAAAACCCAUUUAAGAACAAGAGGUUAUUUGUUAAAAUGAGGAUAAUUUGCGAGGCAAUGAGACAUGUUAAGAUGUUUAUAUGCCUGGCCUUGCAAAAAGAGUUAGCCCAAUGAUCUAACACUCGCUUUGAGUCUUUGCUUAUUUGUCCUCAGCUUGAUGAAAAAAUGGGGUUUGGCAGAGGUGGUGUUUAAUAUUCGGUGAGGCCUGUGGCAUUUUUCAGGAUUUCCACAAAAAAAAAAGAUUCAAGUCAUAACUUCAUGAUCUGUAGAGUACAGAUUGAUAUAACAAAAGCAGAGCAUUUACUGCGCGGGUAUGUAGAUGACGUGGUUUGAUAUUGCAAUAAAAAGAGGGAAUGCCUCCUACUGUUAACAUACAGUAAUUAUUUUAGCAGCGUUUUGAAUUGAUUUUUAAAAAUGCUUAUUGUUGUAAUCUCUAAAUAUGGAUUACAGGCUCUGUAUGCAGCCUCCAUUCAAUAAUUAUUAACAGUUACUGCUAAGAGGAGUAGAACAUAUCAAAAAAUUUGGGUAUUGAAUAACUUUGUGAGGAAAUAUUGCACAACGUAAGACAAAAAAACAACAAAAAAAAGAAAAAAAACUUGACUAUAAUUUAAUGCUAAGUAACAGGUACCUAGGCUUUGUAGUGCAAGAGGGAGGAAGAAGCAAUUUAUAUUGUAAUUACAAAUAAAACAAUGAGGUGGAGUGUUUUGAGGUAUUCUUAGUCCAAUGUUUGUACACUAGUAGGUUAAUUCUGAAAAAAAAUAUUGCAUAAUGCCGCUGUCGGAUGAAAACCAACUAUCUUCUAAGCCCUUAGAUUUCCAAAGCCUGGAUGUUUUAGGCUAAGGGUCAUAAUAUUCCCACUGAUUUAAAAUACUUGUACAUCAUAAUUCUGUCCAUUGAAGCUAUUAAAAAAAAACAGAAAUUGGAUUUUCUUGCGACAGCAGUCAUAUUACUUGUCAUUAGGAUUUAUUUAACCAACCACUACUUAUGUCAGUAUUUCUCAACUGAAGCCUUUGUUUUCUCUUUCCCUCUGGUCAAUUAAGCAUAAUGGGUAUGCAUAAUAUUCAGGUGUAUUUCACUAUAGCAUUGGAUCACUAAGUUUAAAAAAAAUGCAGUAUAUUUAUACAGCAAGUGGUACAGUAAUGUAUUUCUAGCUAAGCAUGGUUGCAUCAGUGUGGCAGCUACUGUUUGUGCUUUUUAAUAUAUUUUUUUACCUCUCCUUCUGCAUCUUUGUCCUCUGCAUAUGUGUCGCUGAGGGAGGAGAAGCUACAACAAGAUCUGUAAAUGGAUUUCAGACAUGUGGAAGUCGUGACCUGGCAGCAUGAAGCCAAACGACCAGGACUGUUGUAAACAUACUCCCACAUGGUUUCAGAUUUUUACAGACCUUGUGGAAGUAGAGCAUGAGUAACUGAACUGAAAUAGAUAGCACAGGCAUUAUUUUUUUAUUUUUAAUUAGGAGGUUUCCCUUCUGAUCUUUGCUAUCUGUUACUGUUCAGACAUCCUUUAAUGAUGUCCUGAAACCCUCAGCCUCCACACCUUUUGUUCUGUGCCAUAUUUCACCAACUGCUGUUCAGUAAAUAUUAGUUUGUUUUCCUAAAUAACUGGUGAACUCUUAAGUCCUUGUUCUGUCUAGCUUCCUGUGAAUCUGUGUUUUCCUAUUGCUGUCCUAUUUCUCACAUGUUGUUAAUGCAUAUUGCCUGUCUUACUUUUAUCUUACUUACUGUAACCUCUGUGUCUGUCCCGUUUUCACUUUGUGCCACAAAUCCUUUCAGAGGCCAUUUUGCGUCCCUCUUUGCAUUUAAAAAAAAAUUGUUUUGUUACAUUUUAGAGGAUGCAAAAUGAUAUACUGCCCCCUUUUGACAUCUGCUUUCCUCAUUAUUACCUUCUGCUCUCACCUUGCCAUGCUUGACCUUUGCAACCCUCACCACUCCAUCUGAAGAGCAGCGGAGCUCUGUUAGAAUUAUUACAUCGGUGUCAGUAAUGCUGAUAAUCUACUGUCAUUCUUGGCAUUUGUAAUAACUCCACUAAGCCUAGUUAAACACUAGAUGUCGCCAGUGCUGUGCUCAUCUGUAGGCUCAGCAUCCUUAGGCUUGGAAUGUGAGGUGGUUACAGACUGAGCUAAAGGACAAACGGAUAAUUUAUCAUAAACUUCAGCAUUACAGUUUAGCGCACUGAGGUAUUUUUGGGAAUCCGCCUCCCAGAUUUUGU